AUGUUUCGCUUAAUAACACCGUUUUUGCAUCAUGGUAUAAUCAGAGGAGUCUCAACGUCGACAUAUAAAUUAAAAGAAGUUUUCUCUUUCGUUCUGAACACGUAUGCAGGAAAGAUUACCCCGGAAGAGGUGUUUCCCUAUCCGGAUAUAUCGCAAUUUGAAAAAACCGAAUUGUGUCUUAAAACUUCUAAAUUCCUCGCCGAAACCAACGAUGCUAGAAAAAAUGAUGCCGCUUCUACCGUCCCGGAGAUUGUAACAAAACGUUUAAGGGAUUUAGGUUUAUUCUCUAUGUUAAUGCCUAAGGAAUAUGGGGGACUUUCAUUGAAAAACGCAGAAUGCGCGCGAAUUUUCUCAGCUGUCGGGGAAAACGAUCUAAGCUUAGCCAUUCUACUGCUCUCCAAUCAGGCUUAUUGCGCAAUCGAAGCGUUCGGAAGUGAAGAUCAAAAGAAGAAAUAUUUGAGUAAAGAUACUGUAUACACGUUUUGCUUAACAGAACCGGAUAGUGGAUCGCAUCUUGACCUCAUAAAGAGCACAGCUGGUCUUAAAGAUGGGACCUAUAUUUUAAAUGGAAAUAAAGUGUGGGUUGUGAAUGGAGAUUUAGCGGACUACCUUAUAGUCUUCGCAAUGACGAAAAAGCGAUCAAUGAGUGCGUUUAUUGUUGAGAAACAGUUCUCUGGGAUCACAUUCAAGAAACGUGACGAGAAGAUUGGCGUUAAAGCGGCGCGAAGUGUAGCAAUCCAUUUUGAAAAUGUGAAAAUUCCUAAAGAAAAUUUGUUAGGAGAAGAAGGUGAUGGCCUCAAAGUGGCAAUGCAUGUAAUCAAUAUCAACCGCUGUGCUUUAUCUUCGUGUCUUCUAGGCGUUAUGAAAAAAUGCAUCGAGAAGGCCGUCGAUUACGCAACGAACCACGAUUACAACAUUGCAAAUUAUCAAAGCGUUCAAGAGAAAAUUGCGAUUAUGUCUGCGUUGCACUACGCUGCUGAAUCUAUGGUGUAUCUCUUAGCCAACAAUUUAGAUAAAGCAGAGAGCUUCAAAGUUGAAUCAGCAAUUUGUAAAUUCUUUUCAAAACCAACUUCGAAUCCAAAGAUCGUAGGACAGGCUUUCUCCAAGCGAUUCAACGCUAUGAUGGGAAAAGUUCCGUCGAAUAAUUUCAACAAAUUUAUACAUAAGGAUUUGCAUUCGAUUGGUGAUCUUAUGGCACGUGGGCUGACCGUGCAAUCUAUUACUAUUGAACACGUGCUACUCAUUUAUAAGAAAGAUAUUAUGUUUGAGCAAUGCAUUUUGAGUCGGUUGGCUGAUGCAGCGAUUUGCAUGUACUCCGGAGCAGUAGUUCUUUCUCGUACAACCAGGGGCAUUGAUUUCAAUUCGGCAGAUUCCAAGUUGCAGAUUCUUUUAGCAAAAGUCUAUUGCUCUGAAGCAUUUAAAAUGAUUCUGCACAAAAUGAAUUGUAUCCAUAUGGAACUUGUCGAGGCCAAAUAUAAGAAUUUCAGUGAUAUCUUCAAUAUUAUCUGGAGUGGCCAUUCUGCACAUCCGGCAAAUAUUUCCAUAAGAUGUGCAGGGCGGAGGACACGGGCCAAGUCACAGCGGGUGUCCAUCCUAUCCCACAAUGGUAACAACGAUCUUAAGCCGUCUUUCUGCAUCAAGAUCCGACAGAGAUACCCGCCCCCUGAAAGAAUGAAACAACCGCAUUGUUGCUUGUUGUUUGCGGUCUUCCGCAUGUUUGUACCCCACAAUGACCUCUUCGGUUCUUCCCCGUUCUUCGGAGGCGUGAAUGGGAAUGUUAUGGGUAUUGCUUCGUGA